AUGGCACACCCAGAGCCAUCUGGGUAUCGAAUACAUCGUCCAGAAUACCCUAUUUCCAUCCCAACCAGUAAACUGGAAUCAUCGUUGAAGAAGAUGUCGAAGCAGGCUGCUCAAUAUGAAUACCAGAUGAAGGAGCUUGAACACAAAUUCUCUGAAAGUCUCAGCAACUUCAGAGCUGUGGAUAGUCUGUUACAGGAAGCAUUUACUGGGCUCAAGCGAACCUCGAGGCGGGCAGGCCGGGCUCUUAAUAUCCAAGUCCCUUCUAUAUCCCAUGAUCUGGAAGAGUCUCUGCAAGUUCUGAAUGAGCUCAAUCAAAGCCUACCUUCCAUACGCACUCAAGUUUUAGAAAUACGUUCUCUGUAUGAUUCUGGGAGAGACAAAGCCCAAUCAUUGGUCGCAGAUCUCCGUUGGCUCAACACGUCGUGGUACGAACGCUGGAGAAGAAUUAUUUUUACCUCUUCCAGUCCGGUGUCAACGCAGUGGAAAAUUUGCAUGCGACUUCUCUUCACCAUUUCUUUUGUUAUAUGUUGUUGGCUCUCCUGGAUCGCCCUCCUAGGUGGCUAUCGUGCCUAUCGACACAAGCUCGUUUGGGGUGAAAAGCUCAUGUCGUGA